UUUUAUUUUGACAAAUCUUACCGGAAGUCUUCAGUAUAAAUUAUGGACGAACAGCCUAGCUAGCAGUGUCUCUCAUCUCCAGUUGUGUUUGUGGUUGAAACGGUAGUCGGCAGUGAUGGAAUGGUUGUAGGUGGUGGUGGAAACUGAGAAAUGAUCUUCUCGAUCACCUGAACUGAAGAAACGACAGCUGCAGAUGGAGAAUGGAGACCUGGGUCAAAUGAUGGGGGAGCCAGUUACUCUUAAUGUGGGCGGCUGUGUUUACAGCACAUCCCUAUCGACACUGCAGCGCUACCCAGACUCCAUGCUGGGAGCCAUGUUCAGAGGAGACCUCCCCACCGUCAGGGACGCACACGGAAACUAUUUCAUCGACCGUGACGGUCCGCUGUUUCGCUACAUCCUCAACUUCCUGCGAACAUCAGAGCUCACAUUGCCAUGUGACUUCAAGGAGACAGAGCUGCUCAGAAAGGAGGCUGACUUCUAUCAGAUCGAGCCCCUGAUCCAGUGCCUGGGAGACCCCAAGCCACUGCCGCCCUACCCCACUGAUACCUAUGAAGAGGUAGUGGAGCUGUCGAGCACCAGGAAGCUCUCCAAGUACUCCAACCCCGUCGCAGUCAUCAUCACCCAGCUCACCAUCACCACUAAGGUCCAUGCAAUGCUGGAGUCCAUCUCCAGCAGUUUCACAAAAUGGAACAAACACAUGAUGGACACCAGAGAUUACCAGGUGUCCUUCACCUUCGGGCCAUGUGACCAUCAACAGGAGGUCAGCCUGCGUGUCCACCUCCUCGACUUCAUCUCCAAAGCUGGUUUUACAAUACGCAACACACGUGUUCAUCACAUGAGCGAACGGGCCAAUGAGAACACAGUGGAGCAUCACUGGACAUUCUGCCGCCGAGCUCGGAAAGUGAACGACUGAUGGAUGAAAACAAAGGAUGGAUUUACAUUACAGUUGUUGUAAUGUACCAUCAGACAGAAACUGUGUUUGUUUUGUGUAAAUAUUGUACGUUUUUGCUUUUGACUCAAUCCACUCAGAACUAAAGCACGAGGGCACGAGGUGAGGUCACUGAAGUCACGAGGACUUCAACAAAUAUUACUGCUGCUUUAAAACAAACACUAAAUGGACAAAAGUUUGUGGACAGACCUCAAGCUUGUGGAAGCAGUCGGUGUUUGACCCUUUGAUUGGCUGACCCAGGUCAACCCCAUCCAACACCUUUUGAGAUAAACUGGAUCUUAAACUGUGUGCAGAUCACUUCACUUUCUCUGUGUUACACUUCAUUAAUCUGGAGGAAACCAUUAGAUUGAAAUUGGUUUUAGUAGCAGAUUAAUAAUUAUGGUUUUGAAUGUACAUGUUCAGUUAUAAUAAUGGCUUGAAUGCAUUCUCAUACUUCUGAGUAUAUUUUGUGAAUGAUGACUAAAUUUUUGGCUCAUCAAUAAGAUAAGAACUACGUCGUCUUCAAAUCAGUGUUCAUUACAAAUAAAACAUCACUUGCAUUAUUAAUGGCUAACUGGUCAGAAUUAGAUUUUAGUGUGUAUAUUUUUUUCUUUUUUUUAUAUAUUAAAAGGGACUUGUUUUGGUCAGUUGUAGCUCCAUAUUGUUUUUCUUGGACUCCACAACACUAGCUUUGCAUGUUUCACAGUUUAAAAUAAUCCUUAUUCCUUUUUUUAUUGGGCUUAGGUACCCCUCAUUUCAUUCAAUGUCCAAACAAACUGCAGACAAAAUAUGAAGUGAAGUUAUGAUGAAUAAAAACAUAUACAAGGUUUUUUGUCCCAGCCUU